AUGAUGAAUUUUGAUGAGAAUAAAUAUUAAAACUUGAAGUAAAUUUUAUAGGGAAAUGAGGUGAAUCAUUUUCAUACAGAUUAAUACAAGCUUCACCCAGAUAAACAGAAAAGCAAAGUUCGUCUCAUUAUUAAUGAUAGUAAAGAAAGAUGUGAUUCAGAAGAAAUUAUUGGAAAUAAUUAUGAUUCUGGCUUAAUGAACGAAAAAACAAGAAUUAGUGAACACAAAAGUUUAAAAUAACUUAGUUCAACAAAAAGCAAGUUAAAUCAAAAUAGUAGUUCCCAUAUAUUCGACUUAGGUGAUGAUACUACAUCAACGCUCGAAUAAUAAAGAAAUAAAAAAUCAUUAAGCUAAAAUAAAUACCAAUAGUUUAUUAAAAAUGUUAAUCAUAUUUCAAAAAAGAUAAAUUUUUCACACACUGAUACAUAAGUAACACCUGUAGGUAGUGCAACAGGUUUAUUUAAGGCUAAAUUAUCGAAUGAGCUAAGAUAAAUUUCCUAACAAUCCUCAAGAAAGUUAAGUGAUAAAUUAAAAGGCAAUUAUAGUGUAAGAGGGCUAAACCAAACAGGGACACUAUUCAAUAAGUAGUUCCAUCAUCAAUAAAAUUUAACAUAGGUAUCAAAUAAUACAAAUAGCAGCUAAUCGCCUAUGAAAAAAGUUUUUAAAGAUAAAUUGACAAUAAAUACAGAGUCCUCUGUUCAGAUAAAGAGCUUGAAAAAUAUUCCUUCCCCUAAAACAUUAAGAGAAGGAGUACAUAAGUUAGUAUCACCACAAUUCAAAUCACCUUAGGCUGAAAAGCGAGCAAGCCUAAUAAUUUCGGUAAAUGGGGCUUAAAGAAUGUCAAAAGUUUUAGCUACUGAAAAUAACAUUACAAUAAAAGAUAAAAACAUCUCUAGUAACUAGAAUAAUAUCAAAAGAGAAUCAUAGCCCAAUAAAAUGCUGCUUGAUCCCAGCUAAUCCUAGCAAUUUUUUCAUUCAAGGUAAAAAUCAUAGAAAACGUUUGCUACAGUAAAUACUUUUAACAACUUGAACUUCAAUUCCUAUCAACAACUGCCAGAAUUAAAUAGAGAAGAGAUGAUUGAGAAUUUUAAAACUACUUUAAAUCUGAUUGACACAAACGAAAUGAAAAAGUAUGAUUUUAAUGGAGCAACAAACAACUAUGAAAAAUAAAAAGAAUAAAAGAAAAGUGAUAAACCUUGCAUUUUCAAACCAAACAUACCUUCAAAUGAACAAGUGCUUAAGGUGGGAAAAACAAACUACUUAUAUCUCGGAGUAAAUGAUUUUACUUAUUUUUGUAUUAGAGUAAAAGGAUAGUAAAGUCCUCUAAGAGUGAAGAUAAGCCAAGAUAGGAUUUUAAAUUACAAAAUUAUGGUGAGUAAAGAAUUUCCAACUCCUAAUUAGUUUAAUUGUGAUUAUAACCUUUAGGGCAAUACUUUUUCUUUUGAAUCAGAUAAUAAUAGUGGAUACUUUACUCAUUAAGAUUAUUUCUAUUUUUCAAUAUAUUCUAAUGAUGAAGCUAUUAUAAAGCUGACUGUUACUUUUGGAACUGUCUAUGAAAGCUUCAAAACUAUGAGAGAAUAUAGAGAUAUUAACUAAGCAAAUUAAAAUACUUCUGAAGUCUAAACGAACAAAUAAGAAAUUAAAUUAUCUUGCUAUGCUCUCUCUAAUGAUUAAUUGAAACAAGAAGUUAAGUAUAUACUCGAAAAGAGGAGAAGGAAAUUAGGAAUGACUGGUCCCGAACAAAAUAUUUUAAAGAAAAACAUUGAAAGUUUAAAAGAAGAAAACAUGCUAGAAAUGACUUAAAAAAAGAAAAAUUUUCUGGAAACAAAAAAAUAAAAAAUAGUACAAGCACAAGCCAUAAAAAACUAUUUGUUUGAAAAUCAUAUUCACCACUUAGCUUAACUUCAAGAAGAAAAAGAAAGAGUAAAGCAAGAAAAAAUAUUAAAACAAUUUAUAGAAAUCAAGCAAUUCAAGAAAAAGACUUUUGAUUUCAUAUGGCUGACAACCAUAUACAUGGUAUUAGCAACUAAAAAAUUGGCAGUUAAGCUAUAAAAACACAAAGAAAGAUAGAGACUUAUGAGAGACAUGGCUUUUUCACUUCUUCGUCCAUUUUUCAGAUAUAAAACAAAAGCAAGAAAGAUAGGAGGAUAAAAUAUAUUUGUAAGAGCUGUUUUAGAUUCUAAGUACGUUGUAGACUCUUAUGUCUAAGUAAAAAAGAAAAAAGUCAAAGCAGAAGCAUAAAAGGCUUUGAUUUAUGUACUAAGAUAGAAUGCAUAAAGACAUGAGAGCAUACAAAGGAUUUUAACAUAUAUUUCUUCAAGCAAAAAAAUAAUUAAAAAGUUUAUCAUUUAUCAUCAAAGAAUAAUUAACUUCAAAAAGCUUUUGUAUAGAUUCUGGGAGAAAUACUAUUUAGAGGCAAUUGGUGACGUUAUUGAAGUAAAAAUAGAUUAAGCUACACUUAAAAACUCUUCUCUCACAAAAAGAGUCAUUCAAAAUGUUUAUCAGUCAUUUAAUCACAUAGACUACAAAAGAUUGGCUCUUUAAAAAUAUUUUGAUUAAAUAAUGAUCAACUAUAAGUAAAAAAUAAAAGAAUAAAUUAAAACUCACUCUACUUCUAUAUACUUGACCUAGCAAUAGUCAUCAUAAAGCAUCCAAGAAAAAAAGGAAAUAGAAAUCAAUAGCUCUGCUAGUAUUUAGUUAAACAUCAAAGAUAAAGGUGCUUAAUAAACUAAAUCAAGUUUUAAUAUUAACAUAAAAGAAAAUCAAGAAUUAAAUGAAGAGCAGAAAGUAGAUGAUAAAAAAUAGUAACAAAAUGGUGUUUUAAAUAAUAAUAUUUAAGGAAAUAAAUUGUUUGUCUUACCAACCUAUGAAAAAUUUAAAGAUAUCUUAUACGAAGCAGUAUAACUCAUUUGUGCACAAUAUCCAGAUUUAUAGAAAAAAAUAACUAUCAAGUAUCAGCCUAUUUGA